AUGGCUAAAAAAACUAAUACCGCUUCAUUAUCGGAUGAGAAGGCUUUGACUCAAUUGUAUCGGUUCACUUACCAUAAUAAUGGUAAGACUACAGGGUCCAGUGAUCAAUCCAAAAAAAAUCCUUCUAUCCAAGAAGUCAUUAUUACAGGUGAAUUUGAUGAUUGGAAAGCCACUUUACCUAUGGUGAUGGAUAAAGAUGGUGAUUUCAAUUUGACCUUCCCCGUCACCAUCCCUGAAAACAGAGACAAGACUUUUUUUAAAUUCGUGGUUGAUGGUGAUUGGAAAAUUUCUCAAGAAUAUAAAUCUGAUAGCACGUUGAAUGCUAUCGAAAACAAUUAUAUUACAAGAAAAGAUUUAUUAAAGGGGGUUUCCUAUGACAAAUUGGCCAAUGUAAAUUCUUCUAGAAUUCCUGAAUCGGGUGGAUUACCAGUUUCGGCCCCAACCACUGUAGGUUCUAACAAAGAUGCCAGUAGUAGUACUUUUACAGAUGAUAUCAUUGUCAAUCACAACAACCAUAGUAAUGAUAAUGCAAAAUCAGUUACUUCCACUCCAAGUAAAAAAAAGAAGAGAAUUAAGAUUAAAAAGAGAAUAAGAAGAAAUAAAAAGACUGGGGAAACCACCAUCUUAUCUGAAGAAGUCAUUAUUCUAGGUGAUUCUGAAGAAGAUCAAGAUCAAGAUACAACUGUGAUCUCGGGUUCGAAUUCUUCCACCGAAGAUCAUUUGUCUUCUAAAAACGUCAAAAAAGAUAUUAAAAAAAGUAUAUCUAAGGAUAAUAUUCCUGCUAUAGCUUCAGUUGAUCAAAAUAAAGAUAAAGAUAAAGAUACAGAGUUCCAUAUCUUACCAGUAGAAUCCGAAAACCAUACUAAUGUAGUAAAUCCUUUGACUGUGAGUGAAGGCGUUUUUGGUUUAGGUCCUGUUAUUGUUAAUAAUGCAAAGGAUAUCCCUGAAUUUACUCAAAUUAGAGAUGUAGAUGCAAAGGAAUUAAAUGCAAAAUUAUCAAAACAAUUGAAUAUGAAAAAACAAUCUAUUGAUUCUAAAAAUAUUGAUGAUGAUUCUAAGAAUAAUGAUGAUGAUAAUUCUAAAAUUGCCGAUGUUUCCAAGAUCGCUGAAGAAAUUGAUUCUAAAAAUAUUCCAACUCCAACAACCAUUGGCGAUUCUACAAUUGGUACUUCCAGUGACAUUAACAUUACUUCCGAAGGUAUUAGCACAAGCAGUAGUGGUAUUGAUGCCAUUACAAACACCAAAAGUAUUAAUGCCAAUAUUAGUACUAUGGGUGUAGAUGCAAAAGUUAAAGUAGAUUCUGAUGGUAUUAAUAUUACUUCUAAUAAAAAUUCUUCUUCCGAUUCAAAAUCUAAAAAAAUCGCAGCAACUGCCGGUUUAGCUGCUGGUGCAUUACUAAGUGAACGUUUUGAUUCUAAGGAUAAUGAAGAGUCUAAAGUGCUAGAUGAAUUGAAAAAUAUAAAAGAUGUUAAUAUUAAAGAUAUUAAUAUUACAAAAGAUAGUGAUAAGGACCAAACUUUCUUUACUUCCAAUAGAGACUCUACUGCAUCUUUGGAUAGCUCAAAGAGAAAAUCCACCUAUUUAGAUGCUAGUGAUGAUUCAGAUAGAGAUCCAGUGCCCUUGAGCAUUGAUGAUAUCGAACCUAAUACCAAUAUUGAUGCUUCUACCAGUAAUAGUACUUCUAAAGGUUUAUUAGAUUCUACAAGUAAAAAUACUUCUGAAAAUAAGGAUAGUUCGAUUGAGACUUCUUUAAAUGCAAAUUCAAAAGAUUUGGAUAAGUCUAUUACAGAUAUUCCCUCUACAAAAUUUGCUGAGUCAAACAUUUCACGUACUUCAAGUACAAAGAAAUUAAAUACUGAUUCUACUUCUCUAGGACCAAAACUUUCAACAGACUUAAGUAACCCAGAUUUAUCCACCUCAAAUACCGUCAAUACCGAAUCAAAUGCAUCUUCUAAGCAAACUCCAGAAUUCAAGCAACCUGCUAAUAUAGCUACUAAAAACACUAAUGCCAAAACUUCUAGUUCCGGAACUACCAGUUCUAAAGAUGUUAAUUCUAAAGCUACUAGUGAUUCCAACGAAAAGCUCUCUAAUAGUGAACAGACAACUGCUUCAAACAAGUCCGUUUCCAAGCGUUCUCCAAGUAUUAAAAAGAAUUCAACAGCAAAGAAGGAUUUAUCUGAAGAUGUUAAUACAUCGGAUAAAAAUUCUUCAUCAUCAUCAAAGUCCAAGAGGAAUAAUACUUCAAAAACUAGUGAUAAUAAAGAUCACGCUUCUAAUAAGUCAAAUUCAAAGAAACCAUCUACCAAAGAUACUUUAAAUAACAAGGCAAAACGUCCAUCUUCAAAGGCAAGCAAGAAAUCCACUAAACCAUUGGCUACUAUUGCCGUAACAGCAGCAACUACUGCGGCUGCUGCUGUCUCUGAAAAUAAAAAAAAGGACGCUAAUGGUUCAAAUAAAUCUAAAAAAUCUACAUUAGAUAUUAUAUCUACUGAGGAUGUGGAUGAUGAUAAUCUUUCUGAAUUCCCUGAUAGUAUUCGUGAAGUAAAUUCUGACAUUGAAGAUUUAUCAAGAAUAUCAACAAUAGACCCUAAGAUUUCUUCGAAAGAUAAAUUGAUAGCUUCAACUAGCCAACCUUCUCAACUUACUACUACCCCUAUUGAAAGUGUCGAAAAGGAUUUAAAAGAAUACCGUAAUUCCAACGAUUAUACCAGUGAACAAGAUACCUUACCAAAUAUGGAAAAGAAAGAUAAUGAUAAUGUUGGCAGCACUUUGAAAUCUGGCUCAGAAAAUGCCGUUAUUUCUGAUGUUGUAGCUCCAAUUGUUUCUCAAUCUGCAGACAACGAAAUAACUGCACAAGAAAAGAGAACAUUAGAUCCAUCUACUUCUAAACUUGCUAAAAAUAUCUCAGCCACGACUAAAGCUACGAAUGAUAUAAGCAGUGAUGAAAUGAAGGCCGGAAACGACAUUAAGCUUGGAAAGGAUUCUAAGUCAGAAGAAAACAGAAGUAUUAAAGCCAAUACUUUAGUUGUUGAAGAAAACAAAACUACUUCCAAUAAAGUUGACGAAACAAUUGGUUCCAAUCCAAAGAAAAGUAAUUCUAGAACAACAACAUCUGAUAAGGACAAAACUCCUUCCAUUAAAGACUCUGAUAAAUCUGGUAAAACUGAAGAUGAAAAAGAAAGGACCCCAAAGACUACGAAGGGUAAAAAUUCUUCACCAUCUAAAUCAAUGAAGAAGCAUGAAAGGAAAGACCCCUCACCUAAACCUAACGAUCGCAAAGAUCAUGAUUCACAUAAGAAACCUGGUCACUUGAGCGGUUUUAUGGGUGGCUUGAUGAGAAGGCAUAGUCAUGACUCUUCUGUAUCUAAAGAAUCGAAGGAAUCUAAAAAUGGAUCUAAGAGCACUGCAAAGGAACCUACACAAAAUAAGCAUAAAUCUGAGAAAAAAUCAAACAAAAAAGCUAAAGACUCUAAAGCUGAAAAAAAUACUAAUACUGUCAAUGAAACUGUAAAGGCUGUUAUUUCAGAGUCUGCUAAGAAUGUUCAAUUAGUUAGUGAUGGACUAUCUAAAGAUUCCACAAAGCUAUCGAAGGAUAAUAGUUCGCUAAAAGCAGCUUCAUCAUCUGAGGACAAUAAACUAUCUAAGGACAUCAAAUCCACCAAGGAUAGUGAAUUACCAAAGGAUACUGACUCAACUAAAGAUGUCGAAACUUCUAAAGUCUCUAAGCCUGCAGACCCUUCUGUAGUUAGUAAUAUUGCUAAGAAUAAUAACGAUUCUAAAUAUGUUAAGAAUGAUAACAGUUCUAAAGAUGUUAGAGACAAUAACAACUCAAAAAUUGUUGAAGAUAAUAAGGAUAAUAAAGAUAUUAAGGAUAAUAAAGAUUCUAAAAACAUCAAGAAUAUUGUGAAUGUUAUGACUCGUAAGAAGUCUAAAAAAUCUAAGUCUACAAAGAAAUCUGGUGAAUCUAGAGAAACUGCAACUCCGAAGAGUGACAAUAUUAUCGAAGAUGAAGUUAAUAAAACUAAGGACUUAAACACCUCUAAAAAUAUUAGCAUAUCCAAUAAUAAUGAUUCGAAUCAUGAAUUAAAUGCUGUACAGUCUAAUUCUGAUAAUAAUUUGAACUCUAAAAUAAAUGACGUGAAAUCUGCUGCCGAAAAAUUAGUAAGCAAAUUAGAUCCAGUCGGUAAGGAAGCUGAAAAGAAAGUUAUUAGCAACAAUCAAACAUCAUCUGAUUCUAUCGAUGUUGCAGUUGAAAAUAUUGCAAACACAAUCCAUGACAACUCAAAAGUUGAUAAAGAUAUUUCAAAGAAUGCUUCUAUCAAAAAUACUAAAGAGUUAAAUGAAACUAUUUCAGCUACUGCAGAUAUAACGAGUGGAAAUCAAGAUAAACUUGCUUCACCUAGCACUGUUAUUGAUAAUUUAGGCCGUAGUACGCUAGAUCCGAAUUCAACUUCAAAUCUUGAUAAGGCUGCAGAAAAGAUCACGCCAUUUUCUAGAGAUAAUGAUAUGCUAAAUAGAAUAUCACAAGAUGACGUUACUACUCCAAGGAUAUCAAUUGUGAAUGAUGAUGAUGCUGCUGCCAUAGCUACUGAUAAUUUACAUGAUACAAGUAGCCCAAUUCAGUCUAGUCCUACUAGAGAAAUCAGCGAUCUUGCUAGCGAAGAUUCUGUUGGUGGUUCCCCUAUAUUUAGAGAUGCUACUGCUACAUUACCCCUCGAUGGUAAAGCUAACGGGUCAAGAACAAAUCCUGAUUAUGAAAUGGCUAAUAGAUCUGAUACACCUGAUUCUAAAACAGUAGAAGAACGAGUAUCCGCUAAAAAGGUUAACUCUAUUGAUAGAAAGUACAAAAAUGUUAAUGAUAUUAAUAUUUCGGAUACCUCCAAAAAUAUUAGCGACCAUAAGACUUCUAGCUCUGAUAAGGAAAUAAAGGCCUCUAAAUCUGAUAAGGAAAUAAAGGCCUCUAAAUCUGAUAAGGCUGCUAAUGCUUCUAAAUCUGAUAAAGUCGCCAAUAUUUCUAAAUCUGACAAGACAAACAAAGUUUCUAAGAGCUCUAAAACUGUCAAUAAAUCGAAGACUAAUAAAAACUCCAAGAAUGCAAAGAAUGCCACCCUUCAAAAGAAAGAAACACCGAAGGGUACUGCUGCUUCCCCAAAGAAGGAUGAAAAGAAGAAGAAAUCCUUCUUCAAGCGUAUUUUCUGUUGCUGCUGUUAA